AUGAAUAGUUCCUUCAAUUCCCAAAACUUGCAAAAAUACUCAAAACACAACAAAAAGAGGCUAAAUCAAGAACAAGUUAGGCUUUUAGAGGCGAGUUUCGAUUCAACUAAAAAACUCGAUUUAGAGAAAAAACUCCAAUUGGCAAGAGAAUUAGGGGUUCCACCACGACAAAUUUCGAUUUGGUACCAAAAUAGGAGAGCGCGAUGGAAAAAUCAGUGCAUGGAAAAUGACUAUAAUGCCCUUCAAGUUAAGCUUGAAAAUGCAUUAUCUGAGAAAAGGCAACUUGAAAAAGAAACUGAAAUUCUUCAAGGAGAAUUGGAAAAAGCAAAUGAAAUGUUAAUUGGACUGAAGUCAGGUGCACAAGGGCAAAUUAGGGAAUUUAGACUAUCUAGUUCAUGUUGUGAGGAUGUGAUUAGCUAUAGUACUAAAUGGGUACAUAAUUAUGAGGUUAAUUAUUGUAAUUUGCAAAUUGAUGAACUUUAUCCUAUGAUAGGUGUGGAAGAAGGGACCAAAAAAUGUUGUUCAACUUGGUGA